AGUAUCAUACAACAAUUUGCUACAUUGUACUCACACUACAGCAUAGGACGCUACACCAGACGACGCCGCCUUUUCUUUUUGGUACGCCGUAUUCACUCAUACAACAUACACAAUUAGACACAAUCAACAAUGCGCCAACCAACCACCAUGCAGCAGAGAUGGGACCACCGAACCACCUUGGCCUGCAGGCUACGUGUGGUCUUUUUCUUCCUGACGGUACUAGGAGCCGCGGUGAUUGUUUCCGAGUACCAACGACAGGAACAGCGGGCGCUAUUGUUUCAUGGUGUGGAAAUCAGCAAGGGUUCCAUAUCACCUAGAGAAGAUUGGCUUCUGGACCAACCGAUAGUCCGGACACCCCGAACAGAAGGAAAGAAACCAUCCGAAAUCCUUUUUGGCGGAGUAACGACAACAAUAAAAAAUAUAUCUACAAACGCCACAACCAGUAUAGAAUCAGGUAUCGCGGAGAAAGCAAGUCAAGGAGCAACUUCUUUACGAACUCCGAGCGCCAAUAAAACUAUCUCAAAAAAAGAAAUGAUCACAAAAUUGAGCCAAGGAAAGGCUUUACCAACAAAUUUUCAGGCGCGAAGAAUGCCUCUGGAACAAAUGCCCAAUCACCAGAACGAAAUGGUUUCUGCCUCGUUGGUUAAAAAUUUCUCCGAACCUCCUACUGAGAACAACACGGCGGUGGUUCUGGUGGCAAUGGGAAAGGUCAGUGAAAACUGGAUGGUGGAGCGGUGCGUUCGAUCGAUCCGGGUGGGUGGGAAAUUCGGCGGCACGAUCGUCGUUAUCACCGACGGGGAUGGGUACGCCCGGUACUCGGAGACGCUGCUCGGCAAUACCGUUGCUGCCGCAAAUGCCAGCACUGCUACUAAUCGUAUCGGGAGACACAUCGAUUCGAAACAACGGCAGAUCAUAGUUAUGGAAAACAGAGAAGAAGACAGGACACCAAAAACAAAAGACGGCACCGAUGUUAAACACUACAAAAAGCGCGUCAACAUGUACUACAAGCGAUAUAAAACACUUGUGCUAAAGUACAUCGAGCAAGCUUUUGAAUACGCAUACACACACGACAAAACCGAUCACAGCAACCGAGUAUUGCCAAAGCACGCCCUAUAUCUCGAUGUGGAUAACAUUGUUACGAGGCCGCUUUCUGGUUUCUUUGAAGACUACUACGAUUCUGUUCGGCUCCAGCUGGUGAACUCAAUCCAGCAACAAGGCGCAAUAAAUACCAGCAGCAAGAACACCUUUGACAACGAAACGACGGAAACUGUAGAAUCCUCCGGAGAAUUCAGCUUCUGGUCUUUCUGGAGGGAUCCGCAUAUCCGUACCAAGAAAGCGACGGAACACCUGUGGCAAAGUGGGCAGAUCAUGCUCUCGACUGAGCACAGCAGCCAGUGCCUGGACGCCUGGAGAUACGAAAUGGACCACACACCCCACAACAUGGACCAGGCAGUACUAUUUCAGAUGUACGCUAAAAACUCGACAAACAAAUUCUGCCGGUUCUUUGAACUGCCUAGCGGUGGAAGCAAAGAACAAGAAAGCGACGGUUCUGAUUCGAAUCCAUCGAAAAACUCGAAACCAAAGAACCGUCACUUUCAGUUACUGUCGCUAGAACUUGCCGGCGGGAUCCAUCGCAGUGACUAUCCGACCAUCGUUCACGUUACCAGGUCGAGGCUCGAGCGCUUUGAUAAAAAGAGCCAUUUCCGAUUCCUGGAAAACUCCUUGUACCUCAACGGCAACGCCAGCAGCGAGAACGAACCCAACCCACGGCAGUCAACCGGUACCGAUAUCGAUCCCCACACCAUUGAUAGUGGCAUGACGCUGAAGGGCAACGGAGUGACAUGGAAGAAAAUCAUCGACAGUUUCGUGGAGGUCGACCUUAGACAGAAGCGAAAAGAUAAGCGAAGGAAGAAGAGGGAGCACAACAAGAGGAAACAGGAAAAUCUCGACCACAGAAAGGAAAACACAAAUAAAGAAAAGAAGAGGAGAAGAAAGAAAAAGAAGCAUUGAGGGGCGAUGGACUUAAGGAAGCGAAACAGAAGACGAAAGACAAAGAAACAAUGGAUGGGGCAAUCACCGAAAGGAAACGAAGAGGACUUCGCUCUAGAACGAACAAUCAGAUGAGCAAUUUUGUCGUAUCGGUGGAUAGUGAUUCAUUCAUUCUGCCUUGGAUGCGGGUUGUUGGCUGUAUCGAGCAAGCAAGCUUGAAUGAAAAUUGCAGCUCCCAAAAUGAACAAUUUCUUCCUGCACGAGAGACUCAAUAUAGUCCGUAGAGUAAAGAGGAGAUAGUGACUCCAGGACAUUGGAUCAUCCAUUCGUUCGUAGUCUGUCUGAUGUUGCCUUUGUGUACGAUCUAUUAUCAUCAUGCUGGUAAAACGCUUAUGUUGAUAUGAAUUAUUGCAACGUUAUUUGGUGGAGUGAUCUAAACGAGCUACUUGGCGAGUAUGAGACGCAAUUCGGACCGUACUGCAUCGUCUUCACUAGUAGCUAUUUAUCGCCGCAAUCGUCACUACAAUUGCUUGAGAUUUCAAUCACAAAUGAGGAUACACUGGAAGAUAAGCGUACAUGAUUCCACUAUUAAUACUAUUACUUCAGUACUUUCCGCGCCCAGGAUAGCUAACUCCUACUACUACGGGAAGGGAAGAUAUUACCAGUUCAAGAUUCGCAUUCGAGUGGUCAGCAGAAAAGUUUUACGUCCUACUUGCUGUAUGAACAGGGAUUGUCAUCAAGUUCAAAUACUUGUUGGAGAAGACUGAAGCAUCAUUCUUCAAUCCUAGUAAAACCAAGCCAAAACA